AUCAGCUGUCAGACAGAGACGGGUCACUGUGAUCGACACUCCAGGACUGUUUGAUACGAGUAUUUCUAAUGAAGAAAUCAUAAAGGAAAUUGUUAAGUGUAUCCCCAUGGCUGCACCAGGUCCACACGUCUUUCUGCUGGUGCUGACAGUGGGACGCUUCACACCAGAAGAGAAAAAAGCAGUGAAGAUAAUCCAAGAACUGUUUGGUGAAGAAUCCAGAAGAUACACCAUGGUGCUCUUCACCAGAGGAGAUGAUCUGCGGGGAACAAGCAUUGAUGAUUAUAUUAAAGAUUCUGAUCACAGCUUACAAAACAUCAUUAACCAGUGUGGAAACAGAUACCACGUGUUCAACAACAGAAAUCCUGAAGACCAAACCCAGGUCACUGAUCUACUGGAGAAGAUCGACUGCAUGGUGGCAGUGAAUGGAGGGAGCUGCUACACUAAUGAGAUGUUCCAGAACACAGAGAAAGCUCUACAAGAAGAACAGCAGAGAAUCUUGAAUGAGAAAAAGGAGGAGAUAGAGAGAGAGAAAGAAGAACUGAGAGCCAAACAUGAAGCUGAACUGGAGAAACUGAAGAAGAUCGUGGAGAAAGAACGGCAAAAUGUGGAAAAUGAGAAAAAAAUACAAGAGGAAGAGUUUCAGAAAAAAGAAGCUCAAAUAAAGGAGACGAAUGAGGAGCGAAAGAAAGAGUUGGAUGAAAAACUCAAAGAACAGAGAAAGACUUUCAAAAAGGAGAUGGAAAAGAAAGAGCAGACUCAUAAAAAACAGUUGAAGAACGAUCUGCAAUAUCAGAAAGAUAAAUAUGAGAGAGAGAAAGAAAACAUAAAGAAGCAGGCGGAGGAGAAGGCGAGACGACAAGCAGAAGAGGAAUUCUGCGCUAAACUGGAAAAAGAAACAAAGAGAAGUAUAGGAGCACUAAUAGGAUCUGUAUUGGGACCAUUAGGUGCAAUAAUUGGAGCAUCAAUAGGGAAAUCAUUAGGAGCAGAUUGAAAUGCUUUAUGAAAGAAAUGGAUUCUAGACUAAAACACUUAAAGUAUGAUAUCUCUGUUACAUGUACUCUGUUUUCCUGUAUGUAAAAUGCAGCCUCUACAUUUAUCCCAUGAAAUUUCUUAUCUUAAAUUACUCAUGCUGAUCAGAACAACAUCAAUGUCUGUUACCAUUCACAACACAUUUCAGACUAGUGUCAUGUCUGGUCCUGAAAGCGCUCCUGUUUCUUCCACACUGAGCUCUAACGGAGGUUCUCAGUCUAACAACUACACUACCCAGAGCACACCACCCGCUGACAUCACGCACACACCUGAUCACAUGACACAUCACCUGCUUCCUCCAGAAAGUCCUGAAGACUGAUCACUGGCACUAUAAAAGAGCUCCUCACGCGUAGUAUUGUUUGUUUAUCCUUAUUACGCAGCGUUUCUGAUCUCUAGUCUCUGAAUUUCGUGUAUGACCUUGUUCUUGUUUUUAGACGCCGAUUUUUGCCUGUUCCUCUAUUAUUGGAUUUACCGUGUUUGACCUGGACUGUUUAUUGUUUCUGCCUUUUUGUCUAACCCUGCUGCUGGCCUUCCUGUGUAUGAUUCUCUGGACUGGUCCCGUUUAUGAUAUGGUUUUGUUUACGUGGCUCCUGUCUGCUGGUUAUUUACUGCUUCUGUUUUUGACUACUCCUGUACCGCUGUAUUCUUUAAUAAAGAACAAAAUCUGUAUCUGCGUGUGUC